CCGUUUGGCUCUGGUAAUACUGGCGACGCUAGCGCCAAUUGACUGUUUGCGACUGGAUAGCAGACUUUUUAUUAAAAUAAGGUUAUUUAAUAUUUAUACUUUAUUCGUUUAUUGAAUAGUUCUGUGUUAAAAUAUUCAUUUGUUUUGUUGAUAAACAAUUUUAAAAAAUAUUUAAACUUAAGGUAGUAAAAAUUUAUUACUAACUUGCCAGAAUUUACAGUAAAUCACUUUAAAAACGAUGUCCAAAAGCGGCGUUGGUAGAGGUAGAGGAUGGCUGAAGUUACAAAAAAAUCAACAAAAUGUUUCACCUAACACGGUUCCUCUUCCUCCAGAAUCCCUAAAGGAUGAGUCGGAAUUUAGUGAUGUGUCCGAGUACAAAGAUCUUAUAAGUAGAGUUAAAGAACUGGAUGUAACUGAUGAUGGCAUCAAAUUUAACCAAAAAAUAAGAUAUAUCUUAGAAAAUUGGAAGCAGGAUUGUCAGACUAGCGAAGAAGUUGAGAAAAGCUUUGAUGCUUUGUAUCAAGGGUGUUUAAACGAUGAUGAAUUGGCUUCUAAACUUGUAAUUAUGAUUGCAUCAAGAUCUUUUAUUUCCCAAGAAGUUCAUGAUCAAAAUAUACGUCUCAUAUUCUUAAAAAAACUUCAAAGUGAUUUUGAAGGAUCUAAAGUUGUACAUAAAUCAAAUCCUGCAUCAUUUAGAAACAGUGUACGAAUGUUGGGAGAAUUUUUUAAUAAAGCUAGAUUAGUAAAUGGACAGCCUUUUAUAUUUAUGGUGGCUCCUUUACUGUCGUACCUUGAAAUGCUCUUGGACUCUGCACAAGUUUUGGAUUUACAACAGUUUACAGUGCAGAUAUAUUUAAAUGGAGCUGCCAUAAAAACUGAAUCUUCUGAUAAAUUAAAUGAUAUUAUCAACAAAGUAAGAGUUCUUUUAACGUCUGAUAAACCCUUACCAAAGGAAGGUAAACUGUGGCUCUUGCUUUCAUUAGAGAUAGUUGGAAACAAGUUUGGAGUAUUGCCUAUUGAAGUGUUUAAAUUUUAUCAAGAACAAAUUGGUUGUAAUUCAAUGGCUAUUUUUCAGGAAGUCCAAAAUACUCUAAGUGUACAAACCCCUGAAGACAAUAAGACUCUAGAAAAUUACCAGAGCAAUGUAAACGUCUUACAACUUUCCACAAAGUCAGAUGUAUCUACCACUUCAGAACCAAAUACUUCUAUUCCUAAUAAUUCGGAUACGAAUUCCUCUUUUAUAAGUACCAGCGGGUACAUAUCAGAAACGCCAAGCCAAAAUUCAAGUAGCUCUGGAAAGUUUGGAAGACCAAUAUUGGGAGCUGGAGCUAGACUGAACAAGAAUAAAUCCAACGAUUCUGGAAAAAAUUGGAGGGAGAAAAGUGACAACUCGACUAGUGGGUGGGGUAAAUCCAACGGACCCGGCUGGAAAGACAGAGGCCCAGAGAAAACUUCCAAAAACAAAAACAAAGGGUGGGAUCAAGACAGCAAAUCUAAAGGGUGGGAACAUGAUGAUAGGUUUGUAAAUGAUUAUAGUUAAGGUAUGAGUGAAUUUUAUAUGAUAAUUAAUGUAUGACACAUUGUUGUGAAGUUUGAAACGCUGGUAUGAUUUUAAAACUAUUUUGAUUGACUUCUCUCUUAAAGUUUUAGCUUUUCUGUGAUAUAUUUUAUUGUUUUUACUAUUAUUGUCUCGAUUUCGUAUAUUUUGGUAUUUAAUCUGUAUUUAAUUUUUUUAAAUAGAUAUUUAUAUAAUUUAUUGUCCAGUUCUAAUGAUGAUAAUUCAAAAUAUGUUCGAAUUUUACUUUUAAAUUGUUCAAAAUGUUUUAUUUUUGUCUUUGGUUCAAGAUAUAUAUUUUUAUUGGAUAUGCCAUUUAACUGAAAUAUAAAUAUAAAAAAUAUAAUGAUACUCGAAAAUCAAGAAUAAAUUAUUGAACAUUAAGGAGUGAAAUAUAAACAAACAAAAAAGAACUUAAGAAUAUCUGUUUACUGUACUAACAUCCUAACCAUUAGGUUAGUGUUCAUUCUUUGAUAUUUAAGGCUGAAUUUCCAGUUUUCAUUACUUAUCACAUUUUCAAUUUUGAUUUUUUAGGAACACGCACGAAUUAAUUACGUCAAUAUAACUCUUUAAUUGCAUGUCUUCCGAUUAUUUUUCUUAAACUGAAUGGAAAUAAUUUAGCAAAUACUACUUCAAUUAUUUUAUUUUGUCUCUGUUAUGAAUAACAAUAGCUCAACGUAUUUGAAGUUAAUUAUUUUUUAAACAAUGUGUGAAAUGGCAAAUUGAUUAACAAUAAAUUAUAUAAAAAUGAGGUUGUUCAUAAUGUCAAACCUAUUUAAAUUAACUUUAUAUUUCAUAUGUUUUUCAGAUUAUGAUGUAAAAUAUUAUUUAAUAAAUCUUUUUACAAGAUUUCGCCUUACGGAGUUUUAGAGAAAAAUUUUUAUACCGUUUCAUGUGUCUAUUAUACAUCACAUCUGCAGGGUAAGUUUUUGAGUCUUGAGCAGAUCAAAGUGCAUUAUUCCUAGCUUUUAUUGCUGUAAAGCAAUUGUAUUCGCCCAUUUUUAUAAUAUGUACUUAUUUAAAGUUGGUAUCAUACCUUGCCCUGCAUUUAACAUUUAUCCAAUUAUAGAAUUGUAGGAAUCUAGUAAACUUUUUCUUGUAAUAUAAUUUUUUUGUAAAUAAUACUUUAUAGCUUUGAAUUGUAAGUCAAAUUUGAACUUAAACAGAUCAUUUUUUUUGAUUAAUAUGUAUGUAAAUGAAGCUACUAUAAUUUUUUUUAAAUACCUUUUAAUGAUUAUAAAAUGUAGGGUGUUAUUGAAAUAUAUUUAUAAAUAUUAAAAGUGAUCAGAGUUUAUGAUGUCCAAAAACGAAUGGCAUCAAUUUUAGUACCUAUUUAUUAGUUAAAGUUUAAAAACGGGUCAAUUUCCCCUUUUCCUACUAUUAUUUUACUCUUUGAUUGUUAAACCAACCUCAAAUCUAAAGUACUAGUGGCACUGUUACCUGAUUUUUAAAUGUUAGUUGGUAUAAUCGUGGAUUAACUUAAAAGGUCAUCUUCAGUGGAUUAGCGUUUGCGAAU